AUGGCUCGCAUAAACCCUCUUAUACUCAUCACUCUACUUCUUUUGGUAUGCCAUUCCUCACUCUUGGAUGCCCGAAAGAUUCUCAAAAUUGACGCACCACUAGUGCUCUCUUUGAAGGGUACCCCUCCUACAAUUGAGGCCACUAGUUAUGUCAAAAGUGGUAGAGGAAAAGUUUAUCAUUUUGCCAAUGAAGAAGUGGUUUCUAAUCCCAGCCCUGGAGAAGGACACAAAGGAAAAAAGAAUCAAACCCAAUAUAAGCCCAAAGAGAAUAACCUGUCCUGUCACACCAAAGUAAAACCUAUAUUCAAUGCCCUGAUGAAAUGUGAAAAUGAUGCCAAGUUGAUAAUAUUUGUGACGGUUGGGAAGCAUUACACGAAGAUGCAUAUAUACAAAUCUAUCAACGAGAAUCACAUCUCCUUUAUUGGGGACAUUGACAUAGAAAGGUUUGCAAAUAUUGUCUUCACAUGCCCCUUCAACACCGACUUCGUUGAAUAA